GUGACACUAGUGACAGGAGCAAUUUGAAAUGUGUAAACAAAAUAAAAAAUUCUAGUGUCUUUUCCAUGCUCAAAUUUUUAUAUAUACCCACUACUUGAAAUUGUCUAUCUAGAAUCAUUGAUGUCUAAAACCGCCAAGGUCCUUCACAAAUUAACAGAUAUGCUGAUUAACGUCUCGAAUCAUUGAAUAUCUCCUUAAUGUAUAGAAAAUAUGUUCAUUUAAUAAAAAAUUGCCAAUUAGUAGGAAUGGAACCCUUAGAUGAUAUUUUUACGUUACAACUCAUAACUUUAUUCGAUUCAUUAAGUUUUGGAUUGAUAUAUGCAUUUCUGCCUCCGUAUAUAUUUGUUCUCGGAGGAAGCCAUGUGACUAUUGGAUUUUUAGCUGUUACAACUUUAAUUGCACAACUUCUGUCUUCCGAUAUUAUUAGGGAUCUAAUACAUUUUCAAGGCAGAAAAACUGCUCUUUAUACUAUUUUUAAUAUUGCCGCUAUAUGCCACGCUCUCCUUUUCCUCACUAAUAGCUCUUGGUUUACUAUACUUGCCAGAUGUAUUUUUGCUGCAACAAAUCAAUCUAGCUCUUUAACCAAAGCGAUUCUAAUGAAAAAAGUUCCUAGCGAUGAGACUCAAUACCAGUUGAUAAUAUUCAACAUCUUAAGUUCUUCUGGAUACAUAAUAGGACCUAUAUUGGCCGGUUGUCUAUUCGACAUCAGUUUUGCCAUUUCUUGUUUCUUGGCAUCGGUUUUAACUAUAAUAAAUAUAUGUUUAUUGGCGACAGUUUCUCAUGAAGAUGAUGAUUCUCCAUCUGAAGGCAGUGAUUUGUCAGUAAUGAAUAGAACAGCGCAAUAUAUCAAAGAUGCAGUCCAACAUUUUAACAAUUCGGAUUACAAAACUAACUGGGACUUGAUUUCGAUGAAGUAUAUGUUCACUGCAAGCACAACAAUAUUUUUUUCAAAAUUCACACAAAUUUUGAAGUACAAUUUUCAAGCUGAUUCGGUAGCUAUCGGUUACACAACUUCAUACAUGAACGCUCUAAUGUUUAUUGGUAUCUAUUUGUGUAAUAAGUUCAAAUCUAAAAUGUCACAAGUACCUAUCAUAUUGAUUAUAAAUGGUGGAUUCAUCGUACUCUUGGUAUGCACUUUCCUUGCUUGUUAUUCUCCCGUUUAUUCCAUAUAUGCUGCGUUGUGUAUUCCCAUAGUUCUAGCAAGGACUUUAAUUCUAGAUUAUUGGGAGGAUUUAGUGAAUGACAGGAAAAAUACAGAUUUGAAAGUACUGGGAAAUUCUAUAAGUAUCGGUGCUGGAUUAACAGUACCUAUUGCGUUUGGUAUUUUGUGCAACCAAAUCGGACAUCACGCUGUUAUUAUAUUCUCAGUAUUACCAUUAGUUGGAUCUUUGAUUAUUUUAAACCGUUACAUGGCUUCCAAUCAUUACAAAAUAAAAUGAUAUAAAUCAACUUUAUAUUUUUAUAAUUAUUUUAAAUAUAUAUAAAAUCAAAACUUUAAUUUCUCAAUGGAAGGAUCUUUGUAAUCUUUUUUUAUUACAACCAAAAUUGGUAGAUUCUUAGUUACCCUAAGGGGCAUCUACUAUUUUUUAUUUAUUUAUUCAAAUUAAUAUGUCAGAAUUGUUGUUUGUGCAAUUUUUAUUUCUUUAACCUGCGUUACGGUCCUAUGAGAUCCAGGGCCUUCUCAAUAAUAGACUGCCAAUCUUUUCUGUUCUGAGCAUAGCGCCUCCAACAUCUAACCCCUAGCUGGAUCAGGUCCGCUUCAAAGUCCUUCAACCGGCAAAGGCGCGGUCUUCCAGGAACUCCAUAUAUGGCUCUGCGCUAGUCUCGAUCAGAAGGCAUCUUCUCCGCAUAUCCCAGCUACCUCAGACGCUCCCCUCCCGAGAUUAACGCUACGAUCUGCUUCAGCUCAGCAUUCCUCUGGAUCCUCCAUGCACCGUUCUCACAAACAGAGCCAAAAAUCUGUGGUCGUCAUGUCGAUGUCUCCAUCUACGGGAUGGAUUAUUAUCUUGUAAAUUGUGGAACUUUGAUCAUCAUGAAAGCCAUCAAAACUUGAACUCUUAAACUCUGGACUACCCAGAAGCAUUUGUUCCCCGUAGCAACUCUUGUUGUCACAUCAUUAUCUUUAGUUAUCAAGACCCCAAGAUAUUUGAAUUGGUGACACACUGAGAGGCGAUAUUGUCUGACUUGGAACGUGGUCUGGGAGGUCGGGGCUCUCCUUGAGUAUCUCAAAAUAUCAAAAUAUAAAUGUUUGAAAAAGUUAAAGAAAUUUAAUCAAAAUGUUACUAAAUGUCUCGUUAGUUGAAAUUGUUUUAAAUAAAUUUUAUCACAAAUUAUUUAUUUUCGUAGUGUAUUUACAAUAUUUUUUUAUUACUAUCUGUUUAUUUUUUAAUUAUUUACACCAAUCUCACUUAACGUAACUGGAAUACGCUGCCUGACAAAAAAGGUUAACAAUCUGUUGAAAAUAGUACAAUGGCGGAUAAUUGGCUAUAUCUAAUGUCGUUUCGCGCCAAGUCAACUGCUGUUAAGGUCUAUAUAAUUAGCUGCUAAUUCAACAGUCUGUGAUCAAUUAUGUUAAAUUGGAGACAAAUCAGUCGAACUUGGUGGCCGUAUUGAUCCACGUUCUCUAUAGAUUCUCUGCUAACAUGUAGUCUGGCAUUAGGUGAAGAUAUGGAAUGGAACUUACGGUUUUUGAAUAAAGCCACUAGCUUUAUAUAACCUCUAACAUUGAUAUGCUACCAUAUGCAAUAGCAUGUCAUAAUAUAACCUCAAAAAGUAGAUGUGCAAUCCUCCAUGUUGAUUUCUCACCCUUACUUGACGAUCGUACAUCCCUAAAGCGGAGCGGAGUACAAUUGCCCAGGGGAUUCUAGCCUCAAUAGACGAUUUUGUCGUUCUGUAGUCUCUCUAUAAAGUCCAGAGCUUCUGGUUCUAUGAUCUGGGUCGUCUUGAACCCACUCACUUUAUAAGAGGCAAAGAACUGUUGAUCCAAUUCGAAACUUAUCGCUAAUUUCCGGUAGUUCAACAAUCCGACUUCUCUUAAAGUCACUUGGCUGUGACACCUGGGAAUUCUAGGCAUUUUGAUUGAACAGAUAUGCCUAAAAAUUCCAUUGUUUUCACCUAUUAUUGUCAGUCAGUAUAUGUAUAAACUAAGAAUUGAGGAGUUAAGUUGAAAUGUUGCUAUGACACUGUUAAUACUACUUACAAGUACACUUACACAGUAAGAUUUGAGGUACUGCUUUUCUUUUGCUUCAUCCUGUUUGGGAAAAUUGUUAAAAAAUAUGUUUAUAAAAGUAAAGAAUCCUUAAUUCUUAGUGUAUUUAAAUUAUUAAAACUACUAUCAAUCAUUACUUUCCACAUUCCUUGUAGUAUUACUAGUUAGUAUUUGAUUAUAUAAGGUUUUGUUACUUUGAAAAAUUUGGGGAUAUUUGAACUUCAAUUAUUGUAAUUCCAUCCCUUUAAUACGUACAUACGUCAUAUUUAAAUUGAUUUUAUUUUUGUUAGGCAUAUAAUAGAGAAAUUGGAAAUAGCUACAAGAAACGGAAACACUUCUGUUUCUCUUAUUCAAAAAGAAUCUGUUAAAUCAAACAAUUUUUUUUGGUUAAUUUCGUUUGAAGAUAUUUGAAUAAAACAGCUUUUCUUGUUAUAAUUUUCAAAAUUUUAUGUAUUAAUGCUAGCAAAAAACCUUAAAAGGCCAGAAAUAUAUCUUAGAAUCUCAUCGAAGCAGAAUACAUCCGUAUACCUUUCAAUUCAACCAACUAAUUUUAGUACAUUAAAAAAAUUUUCUGACUGAAUUUGAUCUACAUUCUCCUCAAUUUUCUAUUAGGUCAGUAAUUUAUAAUUUUUUUCAUAUUAUCAUUUCCUCAAAACCAUAUCCAAGUAUUCCAAGAUUUUUUAUAGUGAAUUCUCACUACAAAAGUGGCAAUGUCACUCUGAAACCAAGAAACUCCUUAUUCUAACUCAUUUUUUAUUUGGCUGGGUGUACUCAGGCUUCAUAUUUGAAUUUAUUCCAUUACUGUUAGGCAUGUUAGUAAAAACUAGAGAAGCCAUUUACAUUUAUGACUCUUUCCUUAAGACAAUUUAAUUCGUAUAUCUUCCAAUUUUGCCAAAUCUUCUGUUCUUUCUAAUUUUAAGAAAUACCCUUUAACUAGAUCACGUUUUCUCUUUUCCCUAGUGAGUUAUCGCUUCGUGGGUAGAAAUAUCACUAGAGAUACACAAAAAUCUCCAAUCUAACCCUUCACCUUCGGUUAGACUAGCUGCAUACAGUUAACAGAAGUUUUUGAUCGUUGUUAUUACUAACUCUCUUCUCUAAAUUAUAUCAAUGAUCAUAUAUAGUUGAAUAAAUCUUAUAUAAUUGCGGUCAUCUGUAAUUGGGUGGGUAAAUAGAUUAUGACAACUAAAAAGUAUCAUUUUAAAACGUAUUGGUUUCAGAAAUGGAUACUUCUUACCAAUAAAAUCUUCCACUCAUUCAGUCUACUUCCACUUAAGACCUUUAUUCUUAUUUUGUAAACCUUUCUUAUCAUUCUAUAAUUAUCAAGCAACCUGAAGUGUCCACUGCUUCCCUUUCUGUCCUUCUCGUUCCUGUGUCACUUAGAUCCAGUUUCCUUUAAUAUCUUUAGGUCAUCUGAUCAUCAUCAUCAAUCCCAUUUAAGUUAUUUUAGCACCGAUUUGUCUCUUCAGGGGAAAAGUUACCUUUAUGUGAUUCUGAUGGUCUAUUCUUGCUAGAUAUCAUUUCCGUAUACUUUCUAUUGAAGGAGCAUUCUGUUACUCCUCUUAAACAUAGCUCCACAAUGCUUUGACUAAUACUGAGGAUAAAUUAUAUUCCAAACAUAUCGCAAUAUGUUUUCAAUUGAUACUUAAUUUCUUCAGCAACUUCUUUAGGUAUACUCAGGCAACUCAUUAAUUUCUCCUAAUACGAUCUGAUUUUGCAAAUCCUUAGUUUAUCAGGUACUCUAUAAAUCUGCUUUUUGAAGAUUGUUCACAACCCCAGCUCUUCAUAUUUAUUAUUGGGUAUUGCAACUUUAGGUGAACUCUUGAUAUUUCAGAUCUAUUUUCUCAGUUUUUGAGUGACAGUGUUUUAUAACUUGGUGCUUUAGUUUUACAAUAAAACAAAGUUGAUAUUAAUUCAAUUUUUUUAAUGUCAUUAAUUGAUGCAACUAUAUUGUGAUUCAAAACAAAAAUUGUUGAAUAGCUCAAUUUCAAAUUUUUGUAUGAUUAUAACAAUUUAAUAUUCUUAUGAACCUGGUAUAUACUCAUGUUAAAAAAUUGUUUAUAUUUAAUAAAAAUUAUAUGAAUUGUU